UUCAGCCAAAUUACUGAAGUUCAGAGGAAGUGACGGGGAAUACAUGAGCUUUUAGAGUUACUAAAACAAUUUAUAUAUAGAAUUUCUUGAAGAAAACUUUUCGUGUAGUUUCGUGUAGUAUAAUUAAUUGUGGUUUCCGAAUAUCUAGGCAAAAAAAAAAAAAAAAAGAAUAUUAAUUUUUCGAUAGAAGCGCAAGUAAUUCGCGAUCAUCAUCGAACUGCAGACAGUCUGUAGCCUUGUUUACCCUGAGUUUACCAACUCGCUCAUUUUAUAACGGACAUUACCUCUCUCCUAAACAGUAGUUUGCAUUCGCUGUCCACAGUUUUGUUUAAAGUAAUUUACUUUGACGCUAUGUCCCAUUGUUGUGUUAAAUGAGUUUGCAUCUUUCGUGCUUUGUUUUGUAAUGAACGCGAGAGUGACUCUACCGGCUUCAGUCCAGAAAGCGUUUGUCGUGUUUACUCUGGUAUUUUCGGUAAGUGUUUGCUCACAGUUGACGGUGCUUGUUCGUCUCAAAGAUGGUCAAGUAACGGAGGAGCUGUUAGAGGCGGAUAGUGAGAAGGACAUUAUAACAGUGGAGUUCAAGCAGACAGACGGGACUCUCAUCACAUUCCUGACUGAUUUCAAGCGCCGCGUGAAGAUCUUUCAUGCCCUGGUGCUUGGGGAGCCAGAGAAGGGCCAAUCACAGUACCAGGCCCUCUGCUUCAUCUCACAUUUGAACCAUGGAGAGCUCAUCCCCAGUGAAGCCAUGGCUAAACUCAGACAGAAAAACUCUCAUUUGGUGCGGAGUGCGGAGGAGAGACGUGGUGUGGAACAGUUCACUAUGAAUGCGGUGCUCAACAUGAGUCGCUCCUGGCACCUCAGCACUCACAUACAUAAUGUCUGCGGGGAUGCACGGGACCUUGUGUACACACGGCAGCAAGAUGUCAAACACUGGCUGGACAAAGGGGUUGAAGGUUCAAUAUUUGAGGUCUUUCCCCAGGGUGUGAAUGUGAGUGGCUUGCAGAGCUGCAGCUCCACAACAGACCCAUGGCAGCCCUGCUCCUGCACUUACAGGUUAAACCUGGAGUGGUUCCCGUGCCAGCUGAAGUACUGCCGGGGUCAGGGGUCCAACCCAUACAAGUGUGGGAUCAAGAGCUGCAGCAAAGGCUACCGGUUUGACUUCUACACACACCAUAAACACCUGUGCCUUUGGGAUGAGGACACUUAGUACCACCUAAGAGAAAGGAAACUUUUUUUUUUUUUCCUUUUUUUAUGGGAAACAUGCUUUUGUAAAGUACUCCACAACAAAGCAGAAGUUUACUUUUACCUCAAGGAAACAUUUUGAUAAUGAGAUUAUCUAGAUUGUGCGCUUCAUUGUAUUGAAAGCAAUUUAUCUCAACAGGGAACUUUCUCUGACUAUUAUGCAUUGAGUGAAGGAAUGAAUAUUUUGAUGUGGAUUGUCAAGCCAUUUGUCUUUUCACUUUUGGGCAUCACUACAAUGAUACCUCAGGGCAGACAAUUCUGUUUUAAUGAUUAGUUUGUAUGUUUAGUUCUGCUUUAGGAUAAGCUGUCUUGUAGCUCUUGUUUUCGUUCCGUUUAGUGUUUACGUUGCUGACUAAAUUAGUUUAUGUUCAAAUAUUCGAAUGUUAAAGUAUUAGCUUUCCAUAACAUUCUUUUAGUUGAGGAUAUAAUUAGUAUAAAGGAGAGUAUUUUUAUAAAUAUUCACAUCCUAUUGUACAAAAUGUUUACAAUAUGAAUGUUGUAAACGUUGCCUUCACUUUAUGUUGUGUUUAAUAAGCUUAUGAUUCUGCCUACUGCAUUGUCUUGUCAAUCAAUAAUCUGCAACAGUUUGACUGCAGCAAACAAGCAUAUUUGACUGUUUACAUUCAAAAAUUUACAUUUUUGCUCUCCUGUUUAUGAAGCUAAGAGUAUAAAGCUGUAACAAAAUGCCUAAGUGGUAGCUAAGACAUUGUCUCUGAACAUAUUGUGAUGUCUAUUUAUUGCAAAUUUAUUCAGUAGAUGCCAAAUUUCUUAUUCUCAGCUAAGUUGCCCUCUAUAGCCAUGACUAAUUCUAAUUUACAUUUCAAUUGCAGCUGUCUUAUGAAGAGUCUUUUGCUCUGGUUUGUGAUAUACAACAUGAAGCUUUGGUCUGGCUUUGCAUUUUGAAGAUGGCCCAGUAUUCUCAUCUCUUGUUCUCUGCUCUCUUGUGUCUUCAUCUUGAUGUUGUCUGCUAUUUUCUCAGAUUUAUAUUUCUAGACCUUUUUUUUUUGUCCAGACUUUUUCUUUAAUUGUAGUAUGAAAAUACUUACUAGAUAAAGUAUUUGUAAUGGGUUAAUUUGGUUCUGUAUGCCAAAUAAUUUCAACAUAACUGCACCACCCAACAGAAGAAAAGAAAAGCGUUGAGUUGUGUUGUACUACCAGCGUUGGGGAAAGUAACUUUUAAAAGUAAUGCAUUACGAUAUUGUGUUAUUCCCUUAAAAAAAGUGACUAACUGGAUUACUUAGUUACUUUUUUUAAAAAGUAGUGCAUUACGUCUCAUUUGGUCUGGGCUUUUUUGUUUGUUUUUUUAAUGACAAAAAAAGUUAAUUUUUUUUCUCGUCAAUCUAAAGCCUGUCCGAAAAACCACGGUCUUUGAAUUUGAUUAUUUGUCUACUUGCACGCCAUAUUUCCUAUAAUUUGCCCAUGUGUUCAAGUCAAGCCACAUUUAUUUACAUAGCGCUUUUUACAAUACAGAUUGUUUCAAAGCAGCUUUAGAGACAGUAACAAGAAAAUGCAACAAAAUUUGUUUCCAGAAGAAAAUAGUCACAGUGUAAGAUUAUGAUUUAAGGCAUCAUUAUAGGUCAGAUUGGUUUGGAAACAGAAUAUUAUAAUAGCAUUACCAGAGAGUGUGUAGAAUAUUUGAUUACCGAUGGGACAGAUGUGAUAGAAAUGCAAGUGUUUACAGAGCUUCAUUUUGAUUUUCACUUUUAAAAUAAACUUCUUAAUGUCUGUUCAGUUGUAUGUAACAGAUGACACAAUUUAAUAACUGUGGUGCUUCUAAUUAAGUUAUAAAAAGCAGUUGGAAAUAUGUACAAAAUAAAUAUCUUUGCACCAAUAAAAUGUGCAACACUUCACAGAUAUGUGUAGCAAUAGCCAGCAAUGUCAUGUUGUCAAAAUGAUCGAUUUUUCUUUUAUGCCAAAAAUCAUUAAAAUCAUUACUU